GAUACACAUGCACAGCUUAUUUACGCUGCGUGUUGCAUUGCAGGAGUUACAUUGAAAACUUGGCAUUUGCUGCGAUUGGAAGGUAGAAAAAAUAAUAGAAGGUCGUCGGAUGAGCUUAUCAAUUUGAAAAGCAACGAAAGGAGCGGUUUAAAUUGAAGAAUGUGAAGUAUGAUAAUACAUCGUACAAAGUGUCGGCUGAUUGCAUUAAUGACGUGUACAAGCAGAUAGUAAUUAAAACUUCACCGUUGCACCGCAUCAUUGAAGUAUAAUGUUAAGCGACAGAGAAAAAGGAAAAGUCAUAUUAAUAUCUGCAAGUGUCAUUUUUCUGUACUAUACGCUAUGGGUUAUUGGUUAUCCCUUUUUCGAAGAUGACAGAUUGAAAGCAAUGUUUAUGUCGCACAGUAUUGCCUUGUUUGUACCAGCUAUAAGUGGGCUCAUUUUCAUAGGAGGUUUAACUAUUUUCACAAUUUAUCAUAUAAGGCUUCACUUGAACAAUAAGGCAAAGAAUAGAUAAGAAAGGAAUCAUUUCCUG